AUGAAAAAGGAUAAUUCAAUCUUCUGCUUCUUUUUUUUCUUAAUAACAGCUGCUGGCCAUGUGGCAGUAAACCCUCAGUUUACAGAAGAGCCAGAUGACAAAUUUAUCUUGCCAAAUACUCCAGGGACUUUGACUUGUGAGGCCAAAUUUGUGUCAAAGCUCAAGUUCAACUGUUCUGGGAAACUGGUACCCAGAGUAAUAUUAAAUGAUGAGUACAUUGACAAUGUGACAUUUCUUAUUGCUGAGAUCUCUGAAAGUCAAAUCAAGAAUAGAACUUCUGUUUUCCUCUGCAAUUGUAUCGCCACAGGCUACAAUGGACAAGUUAUAAGAAGCCGUGCUGCAACUGUUCAGAGAGCUUAUCUGGAUGAGGACUUUGUCAUUUUUCCAUCAGUCAACACCAGAGUUCAGAAAAAUUCUUUGCUUACUUUAAGAUGCAAGCCCCCGGCAGGAAACCCAAGCCCUGCUGUGUCUUGGUUGAAAGAUGGUAACCCUGUAGAUACAGACAAGAAUAGAAGAUUGUUGGUGAAAAGUGACAGCAAUUCCUCUCUUGUCAUUAUCAGGAAGGCAAAAUUAUCAGACGGUGGUGACUACUCUUGUGUGGCAUCAAACCUUGUUGGAAGACGUGAGAGUGCCAUUGUCAAGUUAAAUGUAUAUGGUAAGUUCACUACUUGCAUGUAACAAAAAAGAAUUGUAACUCUAGUGGAACCUCUCCAGAAUGGCCUCCUUGGGAACAGAUGAAAGUGGCCACUGGCUAUUGUGGAGAAUGGUGUAAUAUGAGGCCUCUUUGGGGGAGGAGGGGGAGCAAUGUUUUUAUUUGAAAAAAAUACUUAUUGCAGUGUACCAUAUGUGUUGUAAUUUAAAAUGAUUUCAGGUCAAAAUGAUUUCAAACUAGUUUGAUUUGUAUUU